AUGCUUGAAAUUCGUAAAUCUAGUUGCCGGCUUGCCUUUUUAUCAAAAUCUGAUGGAUCCGUGAAGCUGAAGCAUGGUCAGACGUCAGUGGUUGCGGCCGUGAACGGACCUCUAGAUGUCAAAAUAAUAAAAGAACAAGUUGAUAAAAUGAACGUUGAUAUCAUUUUCAAAUAUAAAACUGAAUCAAAAGCAAAAAAUCAAAGAACGAUGGAGAAAUUGAUACAACAGAUAUGUGAGUGUUCGGUUCUAGUAAAAAAUUUUCCAAGAACAAAUUUGACAAUUGCACUGCAAGAGUUAGAAGAUGAUGGUUCUUUGUUGGCUUGUUGUAUCAAUGCUACCUGCUUAGCUUUAUUGGACGCCUGCAUACCUAUGAAACAACUUUUUGCAGCUGUGAGUGUGUGUUUCAAUAAAGUCGAUGACACGAUCACAAUAGAUCCCACUUUAAGCCAAGAGUCACAAUAUCCAGGCGUCACUUUUGUCUUCAAUAAUGGGAAGUUUAAUGUAAUUGCGAUGCAUUCAAACUCAUUUCUUUCAAAAGAAGUUUUAAACAAGAGUCUACUUCAGGCCAGAGAACAUGCCAAGCUGAUGUUUGAUUCAUACAGGGACCUCAUCAAACAGUCCCACCAGAUUGUAUAA